AUGACGCAAAAUAUUCUGUCGCUGCCUCAAGAUAUUCACUCUCUUAUUUUCUCCAAGCUCAGGCUCAAUGAUAUUUUACGUCUGCGGCAGACAUGUUCUGCUUUCUCGUUUGGCAUUUCAAACGACAAACAGCUUUGGACUUACUUGUUCAAACAGCACGUAAUACGAAACUCGUUGCCUGUCCCGCACUAUUUACGUUGCAUCAAGGACGUUGAAGCGCGUGACAUUGAGUCAUUGGUGAAGCAUGCAGUUUUAUUAGAUAGAGAUUAUGCGACGAUCUGGAGGAAGCUUCACGUACGCAGAAUAGAAAACAGCCGCGAUUCAGCUAUAACUUGGCUUAGACUGAUCCGAGGACGUUGGGCCCUUGUUGCUUCAGCAGACAUGAAUAGGUGCGAACUCACAAUAUGGGAUAUACCGCCGAAAGGAGAGAUGAAGCUUGCUGCGAAGGCAUUCGUGGAGGCACCUGUCACUGACGGAAUAGUAGAUGAAUCCGACACUCAAGUGCAAUGUGCACUUACCAUAGGAACUUCGUAA